GGGCGCGGGCGGCGACCGCGGGAUCGCUGCCGGGCGCGGAUCCGGUGACACCUCUCAGCGCGCGGCACUUGUUGCUCUCAGGACCUGCCGCCCAUCCCUGAGCCCACCUUUCUCCCUCGCCGCCCCCUGUCCCCUCCUGGCUUCUCUCCUUUCCGUGCGAUCCCCCGGGACACCGGUCUCUCAGGCACCGCUGUCUCCGGCUGGAGAAAUAUAUUGAAGGAAAUAAACUCCCUCCGCAGGGGGCCCAGCCGGGCGGCAGCGGCAGGAGCGCUGGCCCGGGCGCCGCAGAGGUGGCGCCUCCCCGGCCCGGGACGCUGGCCCCGGGCGCCGACGGCAUGGCGGACGCGGCGACGGCUAACGGGGACGACAGGGACCCCGAGAUCGAACUCUUCGUGAAGGCUGGAAUCGAUGGGGAAAGCAUUGGCAACUGUCCCUUCUCUCAGCGCCUCUUUAUGAUCCUCUGGCUGAAAGGAGUUGUGUUCAAUGUCACCACUGUGGAUCUGAAAAGAAAGCCAGCCGACCUGCACAACCUCGCCCCUGGCACCCAUCCGCCCUUCCUGACCUUCAACGGGGACGUGAAGACGGACGUCAAUAAGAUCGAGGAGUUCCUGGAGGAGACUUUGACCCCCGAAAAGUACCCCAAACUGGCUGCGAAGCACCGGGAAUCCAACACAGCGGGCAUUGACAUCUUCUCCAAGUUCUCCGCCUACAUCAAAAACACAAAGCAGCAGAACAACGCUGCCCUUGAGCGAGGCCUGACCAAGGCACUGAAGAAACUGGAUGACUACCUGAACACCCCUCUGCCGGAGGAGAUCGACGCCAACACUCGCGGGGACGAUGACAAGGGCUCCCGGCGCAAGUUCCUGGAUGGAGACGAGCUGACCCUGGCCGACUGCAACCUGCUGCCCAAGCUCCAUGUGGUCAAGACUGUGGCCAAGAAAUACCGCAACUACGAUUUCCCGGCUGAGAUGACGGGCUUGUGGCGGUACCUUAAGAACGCCUACGCCCGGGACGAGUUCACCAACACCUGCGCGGCCGACAGUGAGAUUGAGUUGGCCUAUGCGGAUGUGGCCAAGCGCCUCAGCCGAUCCUGAACUUGGCCGUCUUGCCCCAUCACUGCUGCAGAAAGACUCACCAUCUCCCCAAGGACUCCAGCUUCACGGACUCCUUUUCCAUGUCACCUCCAGAAACUUCUGUUUUUAUCAGGCCGCAUCUUGCUGGCAUCAUUGGAACCCCAGCCUGCUGUCUCUGAUGAAGGUCGACACCCCCCCCCACCAUCUGAUCAGGCAGGAAUCUGCAAGCAGAAAUGAGAGAAACGGUCAAGCUCUCAGCCUUUUGGGCCUGGGCUGGGUUCAGUGUAUUUGGGGUCGGUGCGGGAGAACGAACCCGUCUGUGGCAUUGUCACUGGCCCCUUUUGCCAAUAUCAGAAUAUCUCCUAGGCUGCGUUAGACACGUGCAACACCCUGUCCCCGUCCACUCACCUCUUUGUCAGAAACUCCAAGGCCAAGUCCAAACGCCAUCUUAGUUCUCAUUAGAAAGGGAUGCAGUGCUUUGUUAGGGGGAGACGGAGAGUGAAUGGAAAGAAUGGAGCAGGUGUGGAUUUGGGCAUCCGGCAGACACACCUCCAGUCACUCACCACUUUCUGGCACUCCUGUCACUUCGGGCACUGAAGGCCAGAUUGGAGAAACUAUUUCAGACACAGUCUCAGUUCGCUGCAGUGCCAGGCACAGUCUGAUGCUAUCAAGUGUCUGGCUUGAUGCUGAUCUCCAUUUUUAUCUGUCCAGGCCUUGCCAGGAAGGGAAAUUGGCAUGUAAUUCCAAGCUGGGGUGACUGGGAAGGGGAGGGGAGGGGAACAGUGUCAAUGCCAAAAGGCCCAAGGGGUCUACCAGCCAUGGGGUUUUCUUGCUUACGGGAGUGGUUUCAUUGGAGAUUGCAUGCCUGGGUUUGACUGUGUUUAUCCACGAGUGAAUUUUGGUCUCUGAGAAAGCAGAUGGGAUUGGGAGGUGGAGGGAUGGGUGAGGAUCAAAAAAGUUCUUUAGGAGGCUCAAUGUUUCCCGGGAAUCUUUUAGAUAGGUCUUCUCUCUUAUGAUCUAACUAAGUCUUGAACUGGUGAUGUCACGUAACUACCCACCUUAUAACAAAAAUCCAAGAAUUGGCCAAAAAUGACUGUCCGGUCUCUUCAAGUUGCUCCUGGAUAUGAGUCUGCUAAGCCGGGUGCUCUCUGAAUCACCUGUAGCCUCUGAUGGGUGAGAGAUACAUUUAGGAGGUGGCUUGACCGCGGAGCCUUAGGAAUAAAGUCCAUGGGCCUUUCUGAUUGGGAAGCCAUGUGGUUUAAACUCGAACAGAAAAUACAUACACAUCUGGGUAAAUUUUCCUGCCAUCUGACUCCAUUGCCAGAUGAAAAAGAAGAAACUGUUUUUUAGCUAAUAUUUCGCUCUGUAGUCAUUCUCCUUGAAUUUCACCUCCUUAAAAGCUCACCCUGCUUAAGCACGGGGACCUGUGCAGAGGAAACGAAGAAAAAUGAACUAGUCAUCAGCUCCCUUCUCCCGAGAACACCCUGGGGGAAAGUCCACCCGCCACAGACCCUCACCUCCAACUAACCCUUCCUUCUGCGUUGCCUGUUGGUGGAGAGAGAGGAUCCCAAGUGCCCGAAAGUCCCAGGACUUGGCUCACUGCUCAGUGAGGGCAGGACGGCUCAGGGCCUUCCUGUAGAAACAUCACCCGAUUCUAACCCAAGCAAUCCCCGGACCUACCUGCCUCCAGGGAUCUCUGGAGAUAAAAGGGGCCCACUGAUCAGAGCCAAGGAGAAGAAACAGGAGGGUCUCCUUUAGCCCAGGGAGGAAGACGACAUUUCUCAGCAAGACAUCCUAUAAGCCUGAGACCUUUCAAAAAGCAGAAGGGGGCUUCCCUGGUGGCGCAGUGGUUGAGAGCCCGCCUGCCGAUGCAGGGGACGCGGGUUCGUGCCCCGGUCCGGGAGGAUCCCACAUGCCGAGGAGCGGCUGGGCCCGUGAGCCAUGGCCGCUGAGCCUGCGCAUCCGGAGCCUGUGCUCCGCAACGGAAGAGGCCACAACGGUGAGAGGCCCGCGUACCGCAAAAAAAAAAAAAAAAAAAAAAAAAAAAAAAAAGCAGAAGGAAUUGAUGCAUUUUCACCUCUAAGGGAGCCUUUCCACAGACUCCCUGGUAAUUUUGUCCCUGGAGAUGUUUGAAAAGAACUGGUAAGGAAACAGUCCUUUUGACUGUAGGGAAAAGCCCCAAACCGUCCUCCUGGGAAGUGAAAGCUUGAAUGAUCCCAAAGGCCUUUUAAGUCGUGUGAAAUCCUGUUGUCCCAGAAACCCUUCCCUCAGCGUCACAGCACAGGCAUGAUGAUCGAAGAGGCGGUUUACUUUCCUGAGACCCACAGAGGCGCUCUUCUUAAAGCACAUCUGAGAAGCAUAGCUAGCCAGCGACAGAGGAAACAGGAGGACGCUCAAGUAGAGUAGCUCCCCCAGAGGAGUUUUUUGCACACCAAGACUCUGUUUUGAUAUUCAGAAUUCAGCAAUUGGUGAGUCUUUAAACACAGCCUUUAGAAACAAACAAGCCAAACCAAAUCAACAUUGUUGGUUCUAGGUGUUCUUUCUGUGGUUGACUUAGUUUUACAUAAAUAACAAUAUUAAGGCACGGGGCUGGGGUUGGGACAGUUAUAUGAUCCAUCCUAACCACUUAGAAGAGGGAGAGGAGUUAUAGAUGAACGGCACUUCCUGGUACUCAAUCCAGGACUAUCUUUUUAUUGCAACAGGAGAUUAUCAUGUGAUGCAACUGGCUAUUGAUUUAAAGCUUUAAUGUCUAUGACCAGAUUUAUCAGAAUAUUUUUAAAUAAUAAUAAUAUUGCCUUAUGAUUAUUUUUUUCCAAAGAGAUUUUUCUCCAGAUCUUUCAGCCUCCCCGGGUUUUGGCCAUGACCUUGUCACGUACACAGCUUAUCAUCUCCCAGCAACAGUGUGGAGAGGUCCUUAGGUGUCCCCAGAACCAACUCAGGGAGUAUUGAUGGUCUGCAGUUUGACCCUGAACUCCAGAGUGUUAAGAUGGGAGGUGACCUUUGUCAUUGGUCUGCAAUGCGUAUCGAGGCCUCAGAAAGCAUUUCAAUGACGCUGAAAGGGGAUUUAUUUGGGUUAAGAUCCUGUUUUACUCUGGAUUUAAUUCUUUCCUUCGACUUUCACAUCACUGUGGCUUUUUUGGUGGAGUAGCAUAGUGGGGGAGGAACAAGAAUCAUACUCAGAACGACUGUGUUGAAUUUACCCAUCUUCUCAGUCCUACCUGCCUCUCAGGUGGCCCCAAGAGGGUAUGGGAGAAGAUUUUAAUAGCUAUAAAAGAUGAGCUGGGUCAGUAAAAUCUGGAUCGGUCCAGAGCGUAGCUCCUUCUAUCGCACGCCUUCGUCACCUGAACAUUCAGAAUCACAGGCAUGAGUAUGGCUGUCUUGUUUUGAACAAGGAUACAGCUACCUGGCACCAAGCUCAUGAGUUGAAAAGUGAAACCCACACUCUACCGGGUUGUUGGACUGCAGGAUCUCAAACCGGUUUCAGCUUCCUAGGAAAUGGCACUGUCUUCAGCGUUCACUUCUCGUGCUGGUGGGGCCAUCGAGGAGUUCGAUCUUUUCAUUAGAAAGGGGCCAUGGCAAGAGUGAGGUUUCCUGGGCUGGAUUUUCUAGCACUGAAUGAAAUAACAGAAGCUCACAACACCUGGGCCCACUGGCCACUCUGCAGAAAGACAAGACCAAGCAUCUUAGAAUUGUUGCAAAAUUCAUCAUGCCCAGAAUGGACCCUGAAGAUCUAAGAGUCUUAGAAAUCAGCAAGGUCUGGACACAUAGAAUUAAGAGGGAGGCAGAGUCAGGAAAGUGCAGGUCUACCUAGUAAGUUUUCCAUCAGGAGGAAACAGGGAGAGUCUGUCUGAAAUUAAGUUGGUCUAGGGACAGCAGACAUCCAGGAGGUACGUCUGUGGCUCCCAUUUCCACUGACCAGGGGCCAGUUCAACAGCAGAGGGAAUCAAGAUGCUGGUGUCUUCCUCCUUGGAAAGGUGAAGCAUUAACUCAUGGUUAAAACUGAGCUCGGUGAUUCACAAGGGAUGACUUUCUUAUUUUUUCUGUAACAUUAAAAAGAACCUAAAGCAUUAGAGAAAGGCGUGUGCCUGUGAAGCAUCCUGGUUCUGAUGUUAGGACAGAAGUGAUCACAUCAUUGGCUUUGGGGCCCUUCUAGCACCCAAAGCCCAUUAUCUUCUAUCCACUGCUCUUGGCAUUUAAUCCAAACAACACGUGCCCUCCUAUGAAUGCAUCUUCCUCUCCCUUUGUCAAUAGUCUCCUCCCAGUUUAGUUUCAGGAUACUUUCAUUUCGUAAUUAGGUAUGUUCCAAAGUGUGCAUAAUCUUACUUAAUGUUACUCAAGGAAAUGGAUCCAAUGCUCCCCUCCGCAACCAAAAAUAAAAUUAAAAAUUGCCUCAUUGUAGGGUUUGGGCUAAUCUGUGUUUCUAUAAAAGCAAUCUGUUUUGGGCAAAAUACAAUUUUAAGGAUACAGUUGUCUAAGGUAUUUAUGUCUAAUUAGAGAUUUUGCAAUAUUGACUAUGCAUAUAUUUAAAAUAUAAAAUAUGCAGCUGAUGUUUGAAUUUGUCUAUCUUUCCUGACCACCUGCCUAUCCCAUUUUAUAAGCUGGAGAGCUAACUAAUUUAGCAAAAGAAGCCUAGCUUUUAUAAAA